AUGAAUAAAAAAGAGCUUUGAGUCCUUGCUCCAUUAACUGUUGCUAUAGUUGCUGUGAGCUCAGCAGCUGCAGCAUUUGACGAAAUAACUUCAGUUUCUGCAUUUAUGAAAGCCUCCUGGAGGUUGCAAGUUACAGCUACAUUUCAGCUUAUCCCUUUAUCUUAUGAGUGCUAUAAGAAUUGAUACGGAGUUCUUGAUAUGUGAAAAGCUAAUUGGCGUUUAAUUGCUUUGUCAGGUCUCUCUUUAUCCCUUCAUUUUACUCUAUGGUGCUGGAGUUUGGAAUUGACAUCAAUGGCUCAUUCACUUUUAUUCGUAUGCACUUCGCCUUUGAUUAUUGUCGUGGUAUAUUUGAUUUUAUGCAAGCCAAUUCAUAUCAAAGAAAUCAUCGGUGUCAUCGUUGGCUUUGUCGGACUUGCUUUGACUAUACUUGAAACUACACAAGGUGGGGAUGCUACAUGAUAUGGAGAUUUAAUAGCUAUUGUUUCUGCUAUGGCUGUGACACUUUAUUUCUUUAUAGGAAAAGCAAUGAUGAAGCAAACAAUCUCUAUUUGAGUUUAUUUAACACCAGUCAAUUUCCAGGCUGCAAUUUGGUCGUAUGCUCUUGCGCUGCUAAUAAAUAAUGAAGACCCAGGGCGCUUUGUCCAAUGGAUUUAUACAAGUGAUUGAGUGUGGGCUUUGUAUUUAGGAAUUGUUCCUGGGAUAAUUGGUCAUGGGAUACUUAACACUUUAUUAAAGCAUGUUUCUGUGCUUAUUAUAACGGUUUUUGUAAAUUUCGAGCCAGUUAUUGGAACAUUUAUUGGGUGACUUGCAGGAUUGCAAGGACCUCCUGGAAUUUUUACUUAUAUUGGAGGCGUAAUAGUGGUAAUUGGAAAUAUUAUUGUUACCCUUGCAGGACAAAAUAAAGAAAGUGUGGAAGAUGAAACAGAAAACCAACAAAUUGCUUCUUCUGAGAGAGAAGAAGUAUAG